AUGGCCACAUCAGCACCAUUGUUUGAAGGUGUUGAUGAGGAGUUCGAGCAUAUUAAGAAUGAGCCGAAAGUUUCAAAGCAACAACUAUGGCAUGAGCAUCUCGGACACCCAGGAAGAGAUAAAGCUAAGGCGAUCACGAGCAAGUUAAAAGAUAAGCAUACCAUGAAAUUGGAUCCAAACACUGCUCUGACAUGUGAGCAGUGCGUACGAUCCAAGAGCACAAGCGCUCAGAUGGGGAAAGGUAGCGGCGAAAGAGCCAUAGGGCCCCUGGAUCUUAUCCACGUCGAUCUAAUAAUAGACUCGUCCCACGUGACGGAGUACACAUGCACAUUGGUGCUGGUUGACGAUCAUAGCAAGUAUGUGUAUGCACAGCCAUUGACACGAAAGAGUCAUGCGUUUAUGCAACUCAAAAGGAUUGUUUCGUUCCUGGAGACACAGACGGAUCGGAAGCUAAAAGCGAUCUGA